AUAAAUGUCAACUAUCCAAGAAGCAAUAGACUGAACAAAAGCAAGGAAGCUACAAGUCAACCUUGUCGAGUCAGGCAAGAUCAAUGUUUUGGUCCUUAACAAUCUUGACAACAGAUUCAACGUUGAAUUUUGAGAGAAUAUCUUAUCCCAACUAGAUAAACUUGAAGAAGAGAAAGAUUUGCAAGGGCAAGUUUUAGUAACAGUCUCUACCCAUCCUAAGAUAUUUUCCAAUGGAGUAGACUUUGAAAACCUCAACACAAAGGAAGAAGUUGACAGAGUACUUAGGCUCAUGUUCGAUAUUUUAAGAAGAAUAAUCAUUCUUCCAAUCCCAAGCAUCGCCUGCAUUCAUGGACAUGCUUUUGCUGGAGGCCUUUUCUUUGCUCUAGCUCAUAGCUUCAGAGUUAUGAAUUUUGAUAGAGGAUGGGCUUGUCUUAAUGAGCUCUCUAACGGUAUCAUCAUCCCAGAACCCCUUCUCAAAAUCGGUGAAGAAAAGCUAGGCCUGGAAAACUUCUGGGAAGUCUGAGCUACCGGCUCCAGAUACACCGCUACCCAAGCUCUAAAGCUAAAAAUCGCUUCGUCAGCUUACGAAAAGGAAGAAAUACUGCACAAAACCUAUGAACUGGCAAAGAGAAUAUCAAAGAAGAACAUCGAGCCAGUGGCAUUCCAGACAUUCAACAAGGACAUGUUCAAGGGGACUAUCAAAGCAUGCACAGAGGUGUCCAUCUACGACUUAACACUCGAGAGAAUUGCUAAGCUAUAA